CUCACAAACACCCAAAACGCCCAGUUCUUUUCUGUUUUUUUUUCCCGGUUUUCACUUCUCUCAAUCCCAACUUAUCGACUCAAAUCUCCUCUACUCUUUCUUCCCAAUUAUCACUUUCUUUCUUCUUCUUCUUCUUCUCUCCGUGUUAUUCUUAAACUCAACAAAGAAAAUAAAGAAAAGAAACCCACUUUUUAAAUAAAGUUUAAAGCAAGAGACCAAGUGAAACAUAAUUUCUCUUUAUAUGUUUUACAGUUUUGAUAUGAUGGAUCUAUAGAUCUAACCCCUUUGUAGCCACAUGUAUUUAUCUGUUUCCUUUAGAUCUCCAUCCUUUUCAUCUGCUGUAAUUCAGUAGCUGACCAGAAACUGCAGACAAGCCUUAAACUUUUUUUCUGUAUUAGGGAGACUGGUAGGGUUUAUCUGAAGGAGUUGUAUUGCAUCCAAUUUUUGGAUGUGGAGGAAUUGGAGGCUGGUCCCGGUGAGAUGAGGGAUGUUAUCAAGGUUGAUAAACUUUUUGAGGGCCUGCUGGCUGCCGUCCUCGGAGCAGUAUGCCCACACUGGUGCAGAUGCAGCUGGCCGGCAAGAUGGGCUCCUUUGGUACAAAGACACUGGACAGCAUGUAAAUGGUGAAUUCUCUAUGGCCGUUGUGCAGGCCAAUAAUUUACUUGAGGAUCAGAGCCAGCUUGAGUCUGGCUCCUUGAGCACUCUCGAGUCUGGUCCAUAUGGAACCUUUGUUGGAGUAUAUGAUGGUCAUGGAGGGCCGGAGACAUCACGUUAUAUUAAUGAUCAUCUGUUUCAGCAUCUCAAGAGGUUCACCUCAGAACAUCAAUCUAUGUCUGUGGAUGUGAUUAAAAAAGCAUUUCAAGCAACUGAAGAGGGAUUUCUUUCUCUUGUCACUAAACAAUGGGCUAUGAAGCCUCAAAUUGCAGCAGUUGGAUCUUGCUGUCUGGUGGGUGUCAUUUGUGGGGGUAACCUCUACAUAGCUAACCUUGGUGAUUCACGUGCAGUCCUUGGUAGGCUUGUCAAAGCAACUGGAGAGGUUCUUGCCAUCCAGUUGUCAUCGGAGCAUAAUGUAGGGAUAGAGUCUGUCAGACAAGAGAUGCAUUCUCUGCAUCCAGAUGAUUCACAUAUUGUGGUUUUGAAACAUAAUGUAUGGCGUGUGAAGGGCCUGAUACAGGUUUCCAGAUCCAUAGGUGAUGUAUAUCUAAAGAAGGCUGAAUUUAAUAGAGAGCCCUUGUAUGCAAAGUUUCGUCUUCGUGAACCUUUUAAGAAGCCAAUUUUAAGCUCAGAACCAUCAAUUUCUAUGCUUGAACUACAACCUCAUGAUCAAUUUCUCAUUUUUGCUUCUGAUGGGCUGUGGGAACACCUUAGCAAUCAGGAUGCCGUUGAUAUAGUUCAAAAUCACCCACGUAAUGGAAUUGCUAGGAGGCUUGUGAAAGUUGCCUUGCAAGAAGCUGCUAAAAAGAGAGAAAUGAGAUACUCAGAUUUGAAGAAAAUAGAUCGUGGUGUCCGCCGUCAUUUCCAUGAUGACAUCACGGUCAUUGUUGUAUUUCUUGACUCGAAUCUCGUGAGUAGAGCCAGCUCAGUCAAAGGGCCUUCCACAUCUGUGAGAGGGGGUGGAAUUAGCCUACCUGCAAAAACCCUAGCUCCCUGUGCCACGCCAACAGAAACUUAGUACAGCUAAUGUAGCUGGUAUUUGAUAAUGUUUUCCCAUGUGCAGGAUCCUUCUUAGAACUCCAUGUACAAGCUGGUGGCUACUGCUAAGAGAAGAGCAAGAGAAGAAAAGGUGCCUGCCCUUUGAUUAAUUUUCUAAUGUACAAUGUAAAAUUUUAACUUGAAAUAUGUAUUUUAUUUAGUUCCUGAGUUUAAAGGAAAAGGAAGGGAUCAAGGGAAAAAGAGAGCUAUAAUGCAAAGAAGACAUUUAGGUUCUUUCUUUAGGAAAAUUUUCUUGAUGCAUUCAUUUAACUCUCUUUCCUGACCUCUCUUGGAUUCUCUCUCUCUUUUUUUUUUUCCUUUUUCUUUUUCUUUUCCUGUAAAUUAUGUGAAACAGAUGCCACUUAGAGUCAAAGUUUUUAUGUACCUGUUUGCACUUCGUGCUACACAUUGUAGAGUGCAGUGGUUAUAAAACCUUUCCUUUUCCAUUUCUAGAGC